AUGAAUACCAUUGAAGAAAUUGACAUAGAUUACUUGAUUACAUUGAUACAGGAAAGGGAAAUUAUAUGGGACAAGUCAAACGUAGAUUUUAAAAAUAAAAAUUUAAAAACAAAAGCCUGGGAAGACAUAUCAAAAGUUUUAUUUCCUGAUUACGAGAAUUUCACAGCUGAACGAAAAAAUAAAGUUGGUAAUGAUUUAAUAAAAAAAUGGAGAAGUGUAAAAGAUAAUUACUUCAGAUAUUCAAAAAAAUUAAAAGAAGCAUCAAAAUCGGGCUCGGGCGCUACGAAACUGAAGAAGUAUCAUUUAUACAAUCAACUCCUUUUUUUGAGAAAAGUGGAACAAAAUGCCACCGAAUCUAGCUUAGACUCGCCUAGAGAAAUCAACAAUGAAUCUACGUCUACAAAUGAUGACAUUACCACAGACAACACUCCGCGCUAUGUUCCAGUCGCGCGCAAAAGGGCAAUGCAAAUGGAUGAGUUUGAAAGAGAAGGACUAAAACUUCUCAAGGAGCCGGAAAAUCGCCAUAUGUCCUUUUUCAGAGCUAUAUUGCCAUCUAUUCAAGAAUUUUCCGACCGAGAAACUCUCCGUUUCCAAAGUAAAGUUAUACAAAUUAUAGAUGAAAUGCGGUAUGGACAAACAUCAUCAUAUGUGAGUGGCCCAUCAACGUCUCACCAACCACCAUAUGGGUAUCAAACAGCAAAUUUUCAAAGUACAUACAUUUCUGAUUUUAAUAAUUCAAUUACAUCUCCAGAAACAUCUCAAGCAAGUGAAGAAACUGAAUACGAUUUUUCUAAUUUGUAAUUACUGGAUGAUAUCUCUCUUAAAUAAUGUCUAAAUUUAAAAUUAUGACAAUUGCUGAUUAUUUGUGAGUUGAUUACUCUCUUAAAUAAUGUCUAAAUUUAAAAUUAUGACAAUUGCUGAUUAUUUGUGAGUUGAUUACU